AUGCAAUAUAUAUAAACUAACCGAUUAAGACUAAUUGAGUAAUUCACACUAUAUAUCGUGAUUUUUGAAGCUUGAAAAGAUAGUAAAUACUAAAUAUAUACAAUACAAUAAGCAUGAUGAAAUUUGAAUCUCUUGUUCCCUUCCUCCUUGUUUUGUUGGUCUCUAUGGCUAGAAAUGAAGCUAUAGCAGGCGGUUAUCACCCCAUCAAGAACAUCAAUGACCCAUACAUCAUCGGAAUUGCUCAUUUCGCCAUCACCGAGUACAACAAGCGAGGAGAAGGGGCAAAGCUAGAGUUCAUGAAGGUCAUCAAGGGUGAAUUGGAGUUUGUCCAAGGGAUCAACUACCGCCUCAUUCUUUCUGCCAACGACGGUUCUGCUUCUAACAAUUAUGAAGCCCUUGUGUUAGACGAGCCAGUCAAGUACUCUAGGAACCUCAUUUCCUUUAAGCCUCUUCAUGCUUAAAUUAAAUUCUCAUGUAUGCCUUAUUACCAUACCAAUAAAAUUUUAUAUUUUGUAGAUCGAAUUGGA